GGACGACGGCACCACACCACAAACCACUAGCAAAGCGGACCGUCCGGUCCUGCUUGCCUGUCACAGCCAUUGAAUAGGUCUCUUCAACACGAACACUGGCACAGGAUACAGGCCGAGCACACACGCAACGCAAUUUUAAUGUGUCCUUAGAAUUUCAAACAGCAGCCCCAACAGUGUAAUGCGCCUUGGGGGCAGUGGAAUACCAUACGACGGUGACCCCCUGACAAUGAGCGCAGCUGGCAAUGACUAUGCCGAAUUAUGCGAUCUUGGACCCUCACGCUGGAGUGCACGUGCCUAUGGUUACCAUGCAAACGCAGCAGCAAAUGCGACCGGUAUCGGUAUCGGAGGCAUUGGCGUCCCUGGCGCCACACAGUCAUCAUCGAGCGUGCCCACGGGCGGCUCAGCCGGCCUCUCCGCUCAUCAUUUACGCAGCAGCGCGCCAGCCCCAAACAGUUACGAGGCCGAGGACAUUGGCCUGUCCUUUGGCAUGAUCAGUCCGCCACCUGGCAGCGGACACGGACUCGGCCACGGACAGGGACAAGGGCAAGGGCAAGGUCAUUACGGCGGCAGCGCCGGCGGCAUUGGAUCCCGUGUGGGAAACAGUACAAGUUCGCUGCGAGCCAGCGGGGGACGCUCGGGACUCUACUAUUCGCCGCCGGGCACAUCGUAUACAAUCGUUGAGCGUCCACACUCUCCACAUUAUUAUUACAAUUCGGCGGGUGUGCCGACGAAAGGUGGAUCGUUGCCUGGUCGCGGAUCCGCGUAUCUCAGCUCCUCACCAUCUAGUCACAUGGCCGCCGGCACGGCGGGCACGCUGCCCACAUCCACGGCGGCCAGCGGACGCCAUGGCUCAUCGGCGAUGGGCAAUGGCAACAAAAAGCGACCCAUAUCGCCGGAGCAGGUGCUGCGCAUGUUCGGCGCAACACAGUCGUCUUCAGUUCCUACGAGUAGCUAUCACUACAGCAACGGCGGCGCGCGGGAUCGCGAUCGGGACCGGGAUCGCACAGGGCGACGCAGUCCGGCCAGCAGUCCGCCCUCGACGACGCAUCAGAUCUAUCGAGAUCGCGAUCGGGAUCGAAGUGUGCCCAACAUACACGAACUUACGACGCGCACCGUUUCGAUGUCACGUGAUCAACAAUAUGAUCAUGGCUUCGGCAUCUGCGUCAAAGGAGGCAAAGACUCAGGCUUAGGUGUUUACAUCUCACGCAUCGAGGAGAAUUCGGUGGCGGAACGCGCCGGCCUGCGACCCGGUGAUACAAUCCUAGAGGUGAACGGCACGCCAUUCACUUCAAUCAAUCACGAGGAGGCGCUUAAGAGAUGUGUGCAGAUAUUGAAAUCGUCACGUCAAAUCAGUAUGACGGUGCGAGCGCCACCUAUGCUGAACUCGACGGCGCCGCUCCACGGAUUUGGUCCGCCUUCCCGGGAUCCAAUGUAUGCGUCGAUGGCACCUCUUCUACCACAGACUGCGGCGGGUCAGGCGGCGGGGGCCGGCGGUGGAGCGGGUCUGCCCUUUCGCCAGACUUGCUCCUGGAUGGAUCGCCACGGCCGUCCGGCCUCGCCGCCCAUGGAGUACGGUGGCAGACGGAACGAGCGUAGGGAUCGAAUUCGCCGCGUGGAGCUGCUCAUUGAGCCCGGUCAAUCGCUGGGCUUGAUGAUACGCGGAGGCGUGGAGUACGGUCUGGGCAUCUUUGUGACGGGUGUUGACAAGGACAGCGUCGCCGAUCGUGCUGGUCUCAUGAUUGGCGACGAAAUCCUGGAGGUCAAUGGCCAGUCGUUUCUCGAUGUGACGCACGACGAGGCCGUUGGUCAGCUGAAGUAUCACAAGCGGAUGUCGCUGGUGAUACGUGACGUGGGCAAGGUGCCGCAUUCCUGCACAUCCAUCGAAAUGGAACCCUGGGAUGCGUACAGUCCAACGGGCACGAGAGCACGCCGAAAAGGUCAAAUUGCGACCAUGGUGGAGGAGAAGGCACGCUCGUUGCUGCCACGUCAUCAUUUUGCAAGUCUUUCGUAUUAUAUUGCGGAAUAUAGUGCGAAAGCAAUGACCAUAGAUGCCUUUGUUGCCGUCUUAUUAGAGAUGUUAGAUACGUACGAAAAGCAUACGCUAGUGACGGAAAUUCGUGAGCUCGUCUUUCCGGAGGAUCGUACACGGUACGAUGAGCUUGUGUAUCGCAGAGAACGCGAUCCAUAUAGCGUAGAUAGGCAUAGGCGUAAAGGAGACCCCUCACGUGAUUUGCCGGAAUACGGCUGUGAUGAGCAUAGAACUCGCCGGGGCAGCGAGUCCCUAUUACCGGAAUAUGACCAAGAUGCGGAACAGGAGUUGGCCACAAAACUCUCAAGAAGUUUCGAUAUGAAGGAAGAAGGCGGCACAUUGCUGGGCGAUAAAGGUGUACGAAGGCAUCAGUCCAUGCAGCGUCUGUCAGCUGAGCAGAACGGUGGUUCAACGACUGAACAAACACAUGAACACAAUCCAAACGUCGUACCUGAUCAUAGAGGCAACUUACACAUUACAGUUAAGAAAACCAAACCAAUUUUAGGUAUUGCUAUCGAAGGUGGUGCUAAUACAAAACACCCGCUUCCUAGGAUAAUCAAUAUCCAUGAAAAUGGUGCGGCAUUUGAAGCGGGCGGCUUAGAGGUCGGGCAGUUAAUUCUGGAGGUGGACGGAACUAAAGUAGAAGGUCUACAUCAUCAGGAAGUUGCUCGAUUGAUAGCAGAAUGCUUUGCAAAUCGUGAAAAGGCUGAAAUAACCUUCUUAGUUGUCGAAGCGAAAAAAUCAAAUUUGGAACCGAAGCCAACAGCGUUAAUAUUUUUAGAAGCCUAACAUUUGCUUGCCCUGCCGGCUAGUGACCCAUUGGAACGACAAAAACUCGAGUUCCUCUAUGAAUGGGGCAUCGAUUUAACGGAGACGCCAAAACCAAUGCCAACACCGAUACCGCUGACAAAAGCUAAAAAUCCACCGCCUCUGCCUCAUGAGCUACAUAGCAACAGCAACACCAACAGCAACAGCCACAGCAACAACAACUAUGGCAGCAAUACUGCGCUUAACAAUCAUCAUCUUCAUCAUCAUCAACAUCAAUCACCAUCACAACAACAGCAACAGCCACAUAAAGAACCAUAUCAUACAAAUACACCCACCAACACACCAACAACACAACAACAAGCAACAACUAGUACAACAAAACAACCGCAACAACAGCAACCACAUCAAAGGCAACACUUGAACAACACCAAUACACCAACGAAAGCAUCGCGAGAGGCAACGCCAACACGUGAGCAACACCAGCAGCAACACCAGCAACAGCAGCAGCAUGCCACGCCUACACGCGAACAACAUACACCAACACGCCAACAGCAACACCAACAACAGCAACAACAACGGGAGCAACAACAUCGCGAGCGGCAGCAUCAGCUGCGCGAGCAACGUGAGCAACGCGAACGUGAAUACCAAUACGAACACGAACAUGAACACCAGCAACACCCCCAUGGACAUGGGCAACACCAUUUACACACACACCAUCGUGAUCACCACGAGCAACAACAACAACAACACCAACAUCAGCAUCCACAUCCGCAUUAUCAGCAGCAAUCAUCAGCAUCAUCAUCGCAUUAUCAGCAGCAGCAGCAACAACAACGCUACAACAGCAACAGCUACAAAACUCAUAAUAAUUCCGUUUACCAGUAAAAAAAAAA